AUGUAAACACAGUCUUGGAAAAGCAGCAUUUGCUGGAACAGACACUGAUUUCUGUGCAUCCCUAUUACCAGUCCCUGGGAACAGCUCUCUACGGAGGAGAAAGACUGACUAUCAGGAUGCCAGACCCUGUUGAGGUGCCACUAGACCCGUUUGUCUGGCAGUUUUUACAAAGGCAUGAUAACCUGAUCCGAGGCAUAAACCAGGAAAUGGCAGUUUGCCAUUGUGAGCUCAAGUGGCCCCAGGCACACUGUGCAAACCCCAAAGUCACGUUGUGCCCAUCGUCAUCUCUCUCCGAGCAGAAGAAGACAAUGAUUAAGCUGAUCAAGACGUGGAAGCAAGAUGCUUCUACUGAGUUCUCACGUAUCAUGGCACGUUACACAGCUAUAAAAUGUAAAGUAAACCCUGCAGAUUGGGGAGAUGUGAGAAACAGGUUGUUGGAAGAUGUUUUUUUGAUGGCUUUUACCACUGAGCUAAAACAUAGGAUAGCUGCAAGUGGCAGUGCUGCAGCACCACAGCCAACUGGGCAGCUUCAAAGUGCCUUUAUUACUACACAGGGUGGAAAUCUGUUGUGCAGUAAAAUCAUUCACUUGCUUUCCAGUAACGACGUGAAGGGUCAGGUCUCCAAAGUGCUUAAGGAGUGUGAGCAAAAGAUGUACAAAUCUGUUGCCUUCCCAGCUAUUGGAACAGGUCGAGCAGGACAGAGUCCAGCAAAGGUGGCUGAUGAAAUGUUGGAUGCCAUAGUAGAGUUUGCAAGCAAAAAAUCAGUACAGCAUUUGCAGACAAUUAAAAUCGUCAUCUUCCAGACAAAUAUGCUGAAGGACUUUUAUGAAAGCAUGAAGAAAAGGGGAGAUGUGGAUUCAUCCACAGCAGAUCCAUGGUUUUCUAUGGUUAAAUACUUCCUUUGGGGCAAAAAACAAUCUACUGAGAAGGAGAAGCCCGUGAUUUUGAAGAAGAAAGUCAAUUUAGUCACCUCCUCUGACCCUCCAGCUGCAAGCAUUGGAAACGGAACCUACUUUGCUGUUAACGCAAGUUAUUCUGCUCAGGAUUGGUAUUCUGUUCCGGAUUCAAAUGGGAAAAAACACAUGUACUUGGCUCGGGUCCUCACUGGGCAGUACUGUGCUGGGGCUGCUGGACUAAUCACUCCACCACCAAAGAACCCAGCCAACCCUACUGACCUGUAUGACAGCGUGGUUGAUAAUGUGUCUAAUCCAACAAUGUUUGUCAUUUUUAAUGACAUUCAGGCAUAUCCGGAAUACCUUAUUACUUUCAAACAAUAGAACAAUCUUAAUAGUCUGGAAAAUUUUAGUGCCUUUUUACAUGUGGGAAUUGACAUGGCAAUUCUUUAUUCUUAUGUUUAGGUUUCUUUAGGUAGUUAUUGAUCUAUCCAUAUGUUUAAAUGUCUUCAACAGGAGGAUCAACAUAAGCCAGUAUUUUAGGACAUGCUAUUUCAAUGCUCCCAUUUCAAAUUCAGUUAUGUAGAGAUGUAGGCAAGAGCUGUGAGAACAGCUCCAACCUCUUCCUAUGCCCGGCAGAGGGCAAUGAUAGGAGAGGGAACUGCUCUGCCUUACCUAUGGCCAGGAGUAAGUGGCAUAGGCUAGGUCAGUGUACCUACAUGUUCCAGUAUUC